AUGUUCCGGACUGAUGAUACAGGCCCUAAGCUAUGGUUUAAUGAGAUAUUGGUAACAAAAUCUAUAGCUAAAAGAGAAUUUCAAAAGCACAAUUAUGAAAUAGCUGCUCAAUAUUGUGAGAAAGUAUUGGCGGUGUCYAAAAACGAUUUAAACUCUAGAAUUCUUCUAAGCAAAUGUCAACAGAACUUGUUUCAACCGAAAUUAGCCUAUGCAAAUCAUUUGAUAGCAGAAGCUCAAUUUCCUGAAAAAUUAUCAGUUUUGGAGAACAGAGCAAGUAUAAUGCUAGACAAUGAAGAAUUUGAAGAAAGUUUAAUAACAUAUUUGAAUGGAGUAAAAAAGAGGAUUCAGCCAUUAGAUUUUACAUUGGGAGUUCUAAAGGUGUCACAAAUAAUAAACAACUCAACAACUUUAAGAAAAGAAAAGUAUAGAAAACCUUGUUUGGGAAGUGCAGUUAUUAAGUUAGCAAAAWUGGGAGGUUUGGAUAACGUGGCAGCUUUAUACUCGAUACUUUCAAAAACAAAWCUUACUUGCAAAAAAAGAAAUCAAUCAUUUUAUCUUGGCCGUUUAGCACAAGAUAGAAUGUACUUUGAUAAAAUACUAAAAUCUGGUGGUCCUAAGCGGCCGUUUUAYGAAGCAGAAAAGAAAAUUUUAGGUAACAUGAAACGAGUAGUCGACUCACUAAAUGUAGCUUAUGAACAAUUUUAUAAAAGAAAACAGAUUUUUGUUUAUAAAUGUGAAAAGCAUAAAAUGAAAGGCGAUAGACUUUUAACUGAAAUUAAUAAUUCAAAACUUGUAAAAAACAUGGGACAUCUUAUGAUUUGUAAAUACUUAAACAAUAUCAUUCAACUGCUAAUAAAAAACAAAAUCAAAGAAGCCAAAUUAAAAACAGAGCUAAUGAUAGAGUUUAUGGAGAAAAAGUCUUAUAACUUCAACAGAAUUUUGGAUGGGAUUUAUCAAAGUUUUGGAUUGGUGCAAUAUAAAUCAUUUCAAAACAUACAUCAGUGGAGCAUAAAAGAUAAUCAUCAAAGAAUGCUAAUUUUUUUAGGAGCAGCUAAGAAUAACAUACCACUCCAAGAAUCUAUAUUUGGACCAUAUGAAAUAAAUCCAAAGUAUGACCAAACUUGA